UAUUGCCACGACAUUGGCAAGGGAAAAUCUUGCAAAAUGUGGAAAAAUAGCCCCUUUGUUAAUGAAAUCAUGGUUGUUUUGCACGUGCACAAGAGCUGUUUUUAGAAAACGAUGAAUUCCACAUCUAACAUUCAUUCUUACUCCGAUUCUAUUUUUCUGGAAAUGCAUACAACUAUACAAGUCGUCAUAAAUUCUGCAAGUACGUAAAAGAGUGACUCAUUGGGUGUAAAGGAGCAGGGAGGUUUAGUUUUAAAUGAACUGCAGAGUAAACUUGCAGAAAUUCUUUCUUAAAAAUAAAGAAUUUAGAGAUCACAGAUAAAGAAAGGCGAGGUUAGUAGGGACAUUCUUUUGCCUUUCUUCCAUAAUUGUUAUAUUUAUAGCUAGAAUAAAACAAUAGUUGGUAUUUAAUUAUGUUUUUAUUGCUUUUCGCAAGCUACCAUGUACAUUUUUUGUAGUUAUUAACUAUUCUCCCCUCAAUUAAACAACAACAAAAAAAAGAAAAAAAAAAAGAAAAAAAACAAACAAACAAAGUUCUGGAUUUGGAUAGCAACAACAACCAAAAAGACGGGAGGGGGAGAAUGGACUGUAAGGCUGAAUUUAGUUAAUUAUUUUUGCAUAGUCUACUUAAGUAGGGAAAAAAAACCGUAUUAAAAACAAUGCGCCGUUUCCUGUUGUUUCAAAGAAUAUUUUCGAUAAACUCCGAAGAUUGAUUAAAUGGUAAAUAUAAAACUGUAGUUCUCCACAAGAGCCCGUGUUAAAAGGAUGACUUCGUUUUAAGCCCUGUGGGCAGGCAAGUUACGCCGAGCCUUUUUACAUUCUAUUCGUGUAUGAUUACCCUCUUUUCAUACAGAUAUUGCAAGGAGACGAUCAUGCUUCGUGGUAUCAAGAACUCUAGCAAAAGAUGAUUUUUUUUCACCAUAGCUUCUCGUAUUCAUUUUCAUAUUACGUAAAGUUCUAAAAUAUAUUUGCCUGGUGCUGCUUCUGUAGUUUGAACAACGUACAUUUGAUUGGGACCUUUUAAAACAUAUAGUUUUAAUUAAAGCAUGGGCACAUAAGCAUUGUCUUAUAUGAUCAUGAUUAAAAUCACGACAUUGCAGCGUAUGUAAAAAUCGGAAGGUACUGGCGCGUCGGCUAAAUUGAUUGAAACAUAUAAAACUUUAACUCUUGAUUUGGGUACUGAUUUAUUGUUUGCAUAUUCCAACUAUAAUUUUAUACAUCUUGCCUAAUACAUAAAAUUUCAUAAUCUAAUUUAAAUGUAGUAGUUUUAAUGUGUAGUUUUAAUGUAGUAAUAUGAAACACCAGAUGGUACUGACGCGACAGCCGAAACCAUAAAAAAAAGUACCAGACUAUAAUUAUGAAAACAACACAGUUUGAUGAGUUAAAUCAAACUACUAGAAAUAAAACAAAAAUUAGAAAGAUAAUAAGCAUUUUAUUUUAAACGUAAAAACGAUUAGUAAAUGAUUAAUAAAAAUAUUCAACGUCAUCAAUGACGGCAACGCCUAGAUUCCCCGAAUGCUUUCCCUCUAUGUUUUCUGUAACACAGACCUGGACCCUACCAGGAGUUGUCGUCAUAGUUUUCCUGGUAGCGUCAAGGCACCUGAACGAGAUCAAGCUGGUAUUUACAUUGGGGAAAAAGCCAGAAAUGCUGUACGUCAGGUACCACCGCGACGGAAGGUAGUACAAAAUACCGUACUCUACUUUCAUGACGGCUGAGACCAGGUUGCCCUUAUCUUCUGAUUGACUCUCCCUCUUAUCGGGAAACAUCUCGCCGUCAUUGAAAAAAUAGAAUCGUACAGGCCUUCACCAUGAAGUAGGCCUUGAUACGGUGUGGCUAGCCAAGUGAACUCUGCGUUGAUGUUGUGCCUAUGUAUGUGUGUAUGUGUAAGUGAGAUUGAUCGUCUGUGGUCGAGACGAACAUUUUCACCUUCUGUUGGCUUAUUAAAUUAAAGGGUUUGGAACAGCUCAUUUGGUGUAGCAAUGAUUCAUUCGUAUCGAGCCAUGCUCUCGCGUAUACAUGCCAGUGCUUUGAAUAGGCACACAUCGGGAAAGGCCGUGAAGCAUUUGAUUCAAUGCUGGACAAAGAAGUUUGAAGAAAACCAAGUUCCAGAAGCUGAGAUCUCAAUUAAACACAUCAUAUCCAGUAUCCUUGGACUACAAAAUGUAACCCGUCUUGAUACGGUGAGAAACCAGAUCUUAACUGAUGAUGAAUACCAUAGGCUACUAGUGAAAACUGAUUUAAGGCUUAAAAGAAUGCCAGUACAGUAUGUCAUUGGUGAAUGGGAUUUUUGUGGACUAACUAUGAAAAUGUCCCAGUCACCAUCUGUCUUUAUUCCAAGGCCUGAAACAGAAGAUCUGGUUUCAAUUGCAUCUGAAUUGGUUCAUCAGCUUACAGCUGAAGAGGGAAAUCUUUUUAAACCUUAUUGUUUCGAAAUAGGCUGUGGUUCUGGUGCCAUCAGUCUUGCAUUGCUCAGUAAGCAUGACAAGUUGCGCUGUAUGGCUAUAGACGCAAACCCCGCAGCCGUCUCCCUCUCUCGAUUGAAUUCCGAGCUGUUGGGACUGGCAGAUCGCGCCUCGUUUUCUAUUGCAAAAUUAGAAGAUGAUGGUGCAAUACAUGGAUUCAGCACUCCCGAUUCCAUAAAAUAUGAUAUUCUUGUUUCAAAUCCACCUUACAUCCCCACGGGCGAAAUCUCCGGUCUGGAACCUGAAAUUUUUCGAUACGAAGACCACCUAGCCUUGGAUGGCGGGCCUGAUGGAACCCGACUAAUCGAAACGAUUAUUCGGAACUCGCCGAAAUGGCUUAGAGGGGGCGCGUUUAUUGUUCUCGAAAUUGAUCCAAGACAAACGAAAAUUAUUCAGUUAAUUUCUCAAGACUGUGGCAGCUAUGCUGGUAUCAGUGUGCGUAAGGAUUGCUUCGGUGUUGAUAGAUUCGUGGUUUUACGAUGUAAAUGAAAAAUGUCAUUGAAGGAGAAAUAUGUUUUGGAUUAGGUAUUACAUACGAAGUAAAUAAGUGAAAGUGGAAAACAAGGCGCGUGAAAUGAAUCCAAAUUCUAUAAGCUGUUUCCGUUCAGAUGCCUGCCAAAAGUCACGAACAGAAAUGUCUUAGGUGAUGAGUACAAACAUGUUUUAGCAUUCUCUUGUCUGCCAAGAGAACCAAAAACCGGACAAGCAAUGAUAUUGAAACUUGUAGCCGUAGUAUUUUUAAUUGAACUUACAAAAAUGAAUGAAUGGGUGGUUACAUCAAUGAAAAUUAGAAACCGAUGACAACCGAAACGACUGCAUCAGUGGGGUUCAGACGUUGGCAAUACAAUAAAAGUCGGUAUGACCUUGUUCUAAAGUUAUUUGGUCGAUCGAUAUCUUUUCUGCUUUCUAAAAUACUCUUGUGAGGAAACAACCGCCCGCCCUACAUUUACAGAAAAUUAGUUAUGAAAACAGGUUACCCACGAAAUAUUUCAGUGCGAAGUAACCCUCAAGCUUUAUUAGUAGGUAUAAUGUGAUUAAUUUCCAUAAAAUAAUAAUAAUAAU